CUGGGUAGAAAGGGUAAGGUUCUUGGCUUUCUCUUCAUACAUUCAAAAAUAGAACUAAAAAGCUUCUGUGAAUUGAAAACGACAGUGGGAAUUUCUGCUGCUUCCAUUGAAAACUUAAUUCUGAGUCUGCUAUAUCUUACCUUUGGGGGGAUAUAUUGUUAUGAAGAAUGGAGACUUCAGUGAGAAACCACUAUGCAAAGGAAGGAACAUAAAUGCACAAGAUGGUAAUUAACAGCACAAACAGUAUGAAAGUAAAGUGCACUGAUCUACAAAUGCUGUUUCAGCACGUCCUCUUGGCAACCACCUAUAUCCUUGGGCAGGAGUUGUAACUCUAUAGUUUACCUUGAUGAACAUACUGAGAUAUUCAAGAUGGGCAGCAAUAGUACCAGCACUGCUGAGAGUAAUUGCAAUGAUACACAUCCGGCAUUUCAGCACUCUCUGUAUGCAACCACCUAUAUCUUAAUAUUCAUCCCUGGUCUCCUGGCUAACAGUGCAGCCCUGUGGGUUCUGUGCCGCUUCAUCAGCAAGAAGAAUAAGGCCAUCAUUUUCAUGAUCAACCUCUCAGUGGCGGAUCUCGCUCAUGUCCUGUCCUUACCUCUCCGGAUUUACUAUUAUAUCACCCGUCACUGGCCAUUCCAGAGGGCCCUUUGCCUGCUCUGCUUCUAUCUGAAAUAUCUCAACAUGUAUGCCAGCAUUUUCUUCUUGACAUGCAUCAGUCUUCAGCGGUGCUUUUUUCUCCUGAAGCCAUUCAGAGCCAGAAACUGGAAGCGUAGGUACGACAUGGGCAUCAGUGCUGCCAUCUGGGUCAUCGUGGGGACUGCCUGUUUGCCACUUCCUAUCCUGAGAAGUGCUGGCUUAGCCAACAACAGUGAAUCCUGCUUUGCUGAUUUAGGGCUUCAUGACAUUAGUAUGGCUUCCUCCAUUGGCAUGGUAACUGCUGCUGAACUUGGAGGAUUUGUAUUGCCUGUUGUAAUUAUUACAUAUUGCACAUGGAAAACAAGAAAAUCUUUACAGGAAUUCCGGGAUCCACCUCAGAAUAUUAAAGAGAGGAAAAAGGCUUUGAGGAUGGUCCUAAUGUGUGCAGUGGUAUUCAUAGUGUGUUUCACUCCUUACCAUCUCAACUUCCCAUUCUUUAUGAUGGUGAAGCAACAUGUCUUCUCCAACUGCUCUUUUAUUAAGAGCACUCUGUGUUUCCACAUUAUUUCCCUGUGUCUUGCAAAUCUGAAUUGUUGCCUUGAUCCAGUUGUGUAUUAUUUUAUGACUUCGGAAUUUCGUGAUCAAUUUUCAGAACAUGGCAGUUUGGUCAUCCAGUCAUGUGUGCGAUGUAAGGACAGUACUUUGGAAAUUCAUCAGAGGAAUGAGAAUCUUCAGACUAUCUCUCUUGAAUGUUUGGAUGCUCCAACACAAUGUGAGGAAAUAAUUCUCUAGAAUAACCUUUAUACUCUGUCAGGUUAGCCAUGCCAUUUCAAAGUGAUACUGAGCAUCUUGAAGAAACAUGGCCACUUCACUCAAAAUAAUCUGUCUACUGGAGUUCUUUAUGCCAAAAUCAUUUGUGGACCUUCUGAGAAAAAGACUUUUUUCACAGAAAGUGAUAAUCAACAGAAGGAAUCUCACAUCUGUUCCUCAGAAAUGGGGACAAUCAUCUCAUCUUCAUCUGAGAAAAACAAAAUACAUUAAAAAAUAGUGGACGUGUACAAGUUAUCUAAACAGUGACAAGUCUACAUCAGAAUAUGACCCUAACUUUAUUUAGAAAACAUACACUACUUCUCCAAUUGUAUUACAGAGGGAUGGCUUUUCAUAUUAACAUAAAUUAUGGAAAUUAACAAUAUUAUAACUUAAAAUACCUAUAGGAUUUUCUUUUUCUCACCUUGAAGAAAAAAAUCUUUUCAGAUGAGCUUCUCAAAAUUACCAUAGAAACCACAAUGCAAACACCAUAAACAGGAUUGUGCUCUGCAUAUUUAACAAACUUGAGUUUAAGGGCUCAAAAUGAAAUCUCUUUGCCUAAAUGUCUGUUUGUGACGUGAUGCAUAUUUAUGUUUACUGGCACUAAUUGGGAAAUAGUCUCAUUUAUCUGUUUAUUAAAAUCAGCUGUGUCAUUCUCUGGCUAGGUUGAUUGUUUCAUAUGUAACUUCAGACAACUUCAUUUGAUACAUUUAAAUCAACAGAUUCCAGAAGAUUCACACAAUACAUGCAGUUUUCAUUUUGCUAAGAUUUAGUUGAACGUAAGUUUUUUUUUUUUUUUU